CCCGGUGACGUCAUAGGCGGGGAGGAGCGGAGCGCACCGCGCACAGUGUAGCGCGGCAGGGAGUAGCUCGUGUGUUUUCGGGUUCCCGUCGCCGACAUGGUGAAGAUCGCCUUCAACUCGCCCUUCGCGCAGAAGGAGGAGCCCAAAAAGGACGUGGAAGCCUUGGUGGCCGACAAGGAUCCAGAAAUUGUAACCCAUGGAAGUGAAAAUUCUUCGGGGAGGUGCUUGCUGACCCUGUUGGGCCUCGCGUUCAUCCUAGCCGGGGUGGUCGUCGGUGGCGCCUGCAUCUAUAAGUACUUCAUGCCCAGGCACAAGGUGCUCCGUGGGGAGAUGUGCUACGUUGAGAACGAGGGUCGGGACCAGGCUGUGGACCAUGCUGCAGCGGAGCCGUACUUCCUGCCGAUUGCGGAAGAGGCCGAUAUUCGGGAAGAUGACAACAUAGCCAUCAUCGAUGUUCCUGUUCCGAAAUUCUCCGACAGUGACCCCGCCGCUAUCGUCCACGACUUUGAUAGGCUCCUGACCGCCUAUCUAGACUUGCAGCUGGGCAACUGUUAUGUGAUCCCUCUGAAUACGUCCAUUGUCAUGCCCCCGAGGAAUCUGAUGGACCUUUUUGCCAAGCUGGCGACCGGCUCCUAUUUACCUCAGACAUACCUGGUCCGAGAAGAAAUGGUGGUCACCGAAGAGAUCGAAAGAGUCUCUGAUCUCGGCAUCUUCAUUUACCAGCUCUGUGUGGGGAAAGAGACCUUCAGACUGCAGCGCAAAGAUCAAAUCCUGGGUCUCCAGAAGCGGUCUGCUGAAAACUGUCGAAAGAUCAGGCAUUUUUCAAACGAGUUUGUUCUCGAAACAAAAAUCUGUCAACAGUGAAAGGCACCGAAUGAGAAGUGACCACUCUGACUCACGUAUUUUAGGAAGUCUGGGCUAUACGAUUGGACUUCAAAAUUAAAAAGUGCAGCGAUAAUCAAAAGCCUUAUUCAUUCUGCAUUUUCUGUGUUGCUUGUAUUCCAACAAAUUCACCACUGCAAGCUUUUGCUGAUCUUUUGGUAUGACUGCCGUCUCUAAUUUUUUAAAACUGAGAUUGGAGAGAGCAUUGAAAAGCCGAACUUAUCCAUUAAAUUUGUAGAAUUUAGACUUUUUUUUUCUUUUCAAAUAAUAGUGUUACCGUUAGCUAGCUUGGCAAGGAUAAAUUCAAGCCGGAACCAGUUUGUGUAGCUCCGAUUUACCCAUGUAAUAGAAUUCUCAAAGUUCUUCAGUCAGUCUUGUGGUGGAAAAUGCCUAGUUUUAAGACAGAUGGAAAGUUGGUUUCGAGCUCCAUGUCUGAGGCGUGUAAAAUCUCUCAGUAACACCGCUUGUUAUCAUUUUGUGCAAUUACUGUAUUGAACUUAUAUGUAUAUUUGGUAACUUCCCUGGUUAGGAUUUGAGUCUUUAUUUCUGUUAAGUUUUUGUGCUCAUUAGAUACCUUUAAGCAGUUUGUGUCCCGUAUAUUGGGUUACAAAUGAGUUUCUCAUCCUAACUACUUGUUUAGCAGACACUCGUUCUUGUUUGGCCCGUUUUGUGACUGCGCUUGUCUCCAUAAAGCUUCAGCUCUUCAGGCCUAGAUGCAAACUUUUUAGAUUGAUGGAAGUUUUUAUGGGCAAGCUGAGGAAUCAAUCCUACCUGAUGGAGAGCCGAAGCGUCUGGCGUGUCCGGCACGCUGGUGAGGAUUUUGUAUCGGAUGCCGAGGUGUUCGGCCUUACAAUAAAGGUUUCUCUAGAAG